AAGGAUGUGAAGGAAGGACGGAGGCAGGCCAAGCAGGAGAAGCUUUCCUUGGCUCGAACAAGAGACAGCUCACCCAUGGAGUCCCGAGGCCCUCUGUCCAAUGGCAUCACCAACAAUUGCACCCACAUCUCCGGAAACAACACCCUCCUGUCUUCCCCCACCUCAAGUGUAGCUGGCAUCGUCUUCCUACUGCUGGCCGCCCUCGUCGGGCUGCCCGGGAACCUCUUCGUCAUUUGGAGCAUCCUUUGGAAGAUGAAGCCAAGCCACCGCUCGGUCACCUGUCUUCUGGUCCUUAAUUUGGCAGUGGCCGACGGGGUAGUGCUGCUCCUCACACCUUUCUUCAUCCUCUUUCUCACCUUCAAGAAGUGGCUGUUUGGCGUGGCCAUUUGCAAAGGGGUCUACUACCUGUGCUGCAUCAACAUGUUUGCCAGCAUCUUCAUCAUCACCCUCAUGAGUGUGGACCGGUGCCUGGCGGUCAACCAGCCCUACUUCUCCCAAGCCAUUCGCAAGAAGCACUUGGUAAUCAAGAUCCUGGCAGGGAUUUGGCUGGCAGCCAUUUUGUUAUCCAUCCCAGCCUUCCUUUUCCGUCAAGUGCUCAAGGAUCCCUCGGGGAGCUUUGAAAUCUGUGAGCCCUGCCACCCCAGGCCGAGCCUGACCAUCUUCCACUUCACCUUGGAAACGGUGGUGGCCUUCAUGAUACCCUUCACUGUCAUUGUUGGGUGCUACUCUGCCAUUUUGAUUCGCCUCAGGGGAGUGAGGAGGAGACAGGGAGCUCGGACUGAAAAGCUCAUUGUUGCCAUUGUCAUCUGCUUCGCUGUCCUCUGGGUGCCCUACCAUAUUGUCAACGUGCUGCAGGUGGCUUCCAACAUGGCGUCAGGGAGAACGGCAGAGCGGCUGGGGGAGGCCUGGAAGAACGGGCGAGCGGGUGCCACAGCCUUAGCGUUCCUGAGCAGUAGCAUCAACCCUGUGCUUUAUGUCUUCGCAGCUGGGAACCUCAUCAAGACCUCGGGGGCCAACUUCAUCGCCCAGUUCUUUGAGGGGGCCUCUGAUGGGCUCGGGAGGAAGUCUCAAUCCCAGAAAAACCUGGCCAAAGAACUGGUGGUUGUGGCGGGAGCCGCUCUGAGCAUGGACCAGCAGCCCCUGGGAAAUUGCGACGGGGUCGAGAAGGACACAGAGGGUAGGCCAGGUCUUGAUGGCACAAGAGAGCAUCCCCUGAUAUAGAUGCUCCUAGACUGAAUCAUGGCAACUUUUGAGACAGGACGAAAUGUCUGCCUUUUGCUGAGUCAGUCCGCUUAGCUCAGUACUGUAAUGUUUACACUGCCUGGCAAUGGCUUUCUGGGAUCUAACACCCAGAUCGUUCCCCGCCCGGCCUGGAGGUGCUUAUUGGGAUGAAACCUGGGACCUUUUUCAUACCAAGCCUGUAUACUCGACUGCUGAGCCACACCCCGUCUCCAUCUGCUAGGCAUGCCUGCCUACCUUUUCUAGUUUCAUAUGAAAAUGUAGCUUCUAGAAAGCUCACUGAGAACAUGUCUACACUACAAAGCUGUUAAAUUACUUCCAUAGCUAUUGUUCCUCCACCCUCAGUCAGGUUUAAUCUCAUGCUUGGUGCACUAAGCUUAGGGUAUUUAAAAAAAAACCUCUGAUUUCAAGGCCAGAUGUGGAAUGCAAGGGUGGCUUUGAACAUGUACAGAGUGCCACCUCCACACUAAAUAAUUUACACAUGAGGGAUUAGAGAUGAGGACCCUCUACAUCUCUCACCCCAGAAGAGUUCUGGGGAUGAUAGCAUAGAAAUGGAAAGAAGGAAGAUCUAGAACAGCUUGUAGAUCCCAGGGUGAUUUGAAGUAGAUCAAUAAGGAUUCCUGACUCCCAGCUAUUUAACAAUAGAGACAACUUUUUUUAAUUACAAAUUACUAUUUCAACAAUUACUGUACUGCUUCCCUCCGUGGUUCCUAAGCAAUGUUCAACGAGGUUACAAAAUAUACAAUCAGUUAAAAUUAACCAUAACACCAGAAAAACUUAUUCAAAAUGCCUUCUGAAACAAAACAGUCUUCACGAAGUGCCUGAAGUUCAACAGGGAGAGUGCCUGUCUGAUCUCAGCCAGGAGGGCGUUCCACAGAAUUGGGCCCACAAUAUUGAAUCCACGCCUCCUGGUGGAUGCAUGCCAUCCAUCUGAGCCAUGGGAGAAUCACCAACGGUGACUCCCCUGAAGAUCUCAGCGGUUGUAUACAAGGUAUUAAUUUACAAGGCCCUUGGAAGCUGGAGGUAUCCUGGACCCAGUUUGCUAAGGGCCUUGUAAAUUAAUACAAGAAUCAUGAACAUGGCCCAGUAGCAAACAGGCAGCCAGUGUAAGCUUUUAAGUUUUGUGUUGGUGGUAGUCUGUCCCCACCAACAGUCUGGCCAUAGCAUUUUGCACCAGCUGGAGCUCCUGGACAGAGCCCAACAGUAGCUGAAAUGCUCAGUUAGGCUGCUGAAGUGAAGAAUGCUUGGGUUGGGUGAAGAACCAAGAAUGGACAUGUGUGGCGGCAAACUGUGAGCUCACUUCUGUUGCUGAGAACAAAUUCCUUGGCGGAGAUGAACUCAGAGAUUCCUUUAUUCUGCUCUCUUGAUAAGCCUUUGUUCUGUGCUUGGCUCCAGCUGUCAUUCUUUGGGGCUCCACGGGAUAGGGGGCAAAGGAGACCCCACAAGUCUGAGGUCUGCCAUAGUGUGAAAGAGGCCAGUACUAGCGUCUAAUCAGUAUCUCAAUCCAACCCUUCCACUCCCAGCGACUUUGGGGACACUACAAGACUCAUGACGGAUUGAUGCAUUUCAGUCUGGAACCCAGGAAAAUGAAAGCAAGCAAGUAAUGAAUGAAAAAAUGCCAAGGGUGGUGUUAGAGACUGUGUUUUUAAAUCUCCAUGGUAAUUUAUGUUUUUUGUAUCUGUAAAGUUUUCCUCCUCUCUUUCUUGAUAAGCUAAAAUGGACUGGGGUGUGCCAGCAAAGAACGCCAUCUGCAGAUCCACUCAGCCAAAACCCGCAUAGCAUUCCUUCAUAAUCUGACUGCAGCACUAGUGCCCAUUUCUGGAAGUUAAGAGCACAUGAAUCUGCUCUUCUUUUCUGAAGGCAGCAGGAUCCAGUAGGGGCUAGACACAGGCACACACACAUCCACAUCCUUCUAUUUCCAGUGUUCUCGCUCUGCAUGCUGAUGCUUAUGUAGCCAAAAUAACACUACCCACACCUAAGAAGCAGCUACUGUUAACAGGCCUGAGGGAAUCCCAAGGAUUGCAGAAGGACAAACAACUUUCAGGGGGUAAGGCCCAAGUGGGGGAACCCUAAAGACAGUUCAAUGAGGACUAAAGCAUGCUCAGUGACCACAGAACGCUGGGUCGUUAUUGUAGGGUGCAGUAAUCACAGAGGGAUACAGUUGGAAUCUGAAAGAAGCACUCCAUGCUGCAACAUUCGUUGCAGUCCUCACUUUUGGAACGUCUGUUCAGCAUGUGCUGCUGCCUCCUUUCUAUAUGCUGAAGAGGACCGCUGGAUAGAAGUAAUUACGGCCGAAGGUCUGCAGUGCAUGAAUAUGUAGUCCAUAGGAAUUUGUAUUGGGUUGUUUACAGUAAUAAACGAAUGGUUUCAUGUGAAGCAUUGGCGCGUGCCCAUUUGUUGCUG